AUGGCUCUCUUGCAAAACGAAGAGUUUGCCACCUGGUAUCUACGGAGUUCGUAUCUUGCCAGUGUCAAGGACGGGAUUGCAGAACGGCUGAUUAAUGUCAACUCCUCGAUUUUAAAUACUCCAGGAUUUCGCGCCGCUGGCUGGUCCGCAGAUCCCGCUCAACGAACUUAUUCUCCACCAAUCCCCACGUCAAUCAACACCGAAUACUUCCAGUAUGGAGCGGAGCUUCAGCUGUUGAACUCACAGGGCGACGAAGAAGAUGAAGGUGGUCUCGUCACCGGUAGGACUAGCAAUGACACCAUCGGUCCAGGAUUCAACGCUCGACGACGAAGAAAGAAGGAACACGUCGAAGAUGAUGAUAGUAGUGAUCUGACAGACGAAUCCGAGGAAGAAGCUGAAGGCGCCCAACGCGCUGCUCUACAAAUCCGCUUUGCCAAAAUGCCCACCCGUCAUCGAGCCGACUCAUCUCCCGUUUGCAGCACUGGACCCGAGAUAAUAACGACCUCACCCUCGAAACCAACGGCCGAGAACAGACGUCGAACCGGAUCACUGGGCGCCGUAGAGGCUGUCAAAGCUCGGGCGAGGCGAGACACUACAACAAGCAGCGACUUGUCCUCUGAAAAUGAAGUGGAUCCAGCUUACUUCCAACGCCGUCAACUCCAAGCAGGACAAACCUCGAAAUCUGCCCCCUUUCCAAAUGAAGUGCCGACGAGAAGGGAUACCGAAGACAGCCAGAGAAGUCAACUACAAGAUGACUCUGAUGCAGAGUCUGUUGGAUCCGCCAUGUCUUCAGAUUUGGGCGAAACGAUCGACUCUGCCUCAUUGCUUGAUACUAUGGAAGAAUCCAAUCUCACUUCGUCUCCCCCAACCUUGGGAAGCCUGACCGAGUCGGGACCUCGUGUGCCUCAGCCAGAGUCACCUAGGAAGCAAAGAACGUUACCCCUGUUGCAUGAAUUGCCUCCCCCACGACCAAUCAGUCUCCUGCAGCCAAAGAGUUUGCUUUCAGCCGCUCUGAAUGCGCAGAAAAAGUCCCCAACCAACCCUGUGCAGCAAUUUGCGGGUCUAUCCGGCAAGGGAAACCCCAAUCCACUUUGGAUCAAAGUAUACGCGCCUUUCUCUGAUGACGCUGAUGAGCCUUUUGAGAUGCCGCUGGCUCGGACAUCGAAAGACGGUAGUGCCGUCAUCGUCGCGGAAGCAAUUGGACUCGCUUUGUGGAGAUAUAGAGAGGAAGAACUGGAGCCGGCUCUGACGCCGGCACAACUCGACGUCAACAAAUGGACUCUACGAAUGGUGGAAGACGGCGAGGUCGAUGAUGACUUCCCACCACUUGGUCGUACAAGGCCCAUCACAGAUUUCACAUACAAUAACAAUCGGGGUGGCAGAGGCCGAUCAAGAGAUCGGCCGUUUGAUGAGUUUGCCCUUGUCGAAGCCUCGCUUUCACAGGUAGAAGCGAACAAGAAAGAAACACCUCAAUUUAUCCCAGCGGCCGAAGAGGAAGUCGGACCGGUUGCAGCACCAGACCCGUCCAUUCCACAGCCACAACCAACUCCAGCCCCGAAAGCUCACUUGUCCAGGACCAACAUUCUUCUGGCUGGUCAACCUUUUGCAUCAGCCUUGACCAAUGCAUCAUUGACACCGGCAGAUUUGCCGGCCCCCGCAGCGCCCCAAGCCACUCCCCGCGUAGGCGCCACGAAAACAAUCAGAAUCCGAUACUUUGAUAUUGACGUGGCGGCACAGACGAUGACCAUGGAAAUCUCGACCGACAGCUACAUUGCAGAAAUUCUAGAUCAUGUUUGCAAACGAUGGAAUUUCGAAAAGGCCGGAUUCGUGUUGAAGGUAGCCGGGACAAAUACAGUCGCACCACUCGAUCGUACGGUGGAAGCUUUGGGCACUCGAUCUGAUCUCGAUCUUGUGCGAAAACGCUUUGGGGCCGGAGUCAAUUUAACAGGUUCACCUGGCAGUUCCUCGCCAAAUGCACCUCUUUUGCUCGACAUCCAAGGCCCGAAGAAGGGUAAGAAGGGUCAAACACUUCACCCGUUGGCACAGAACCAAGAUUUGAUCUCAAGCGCGAGCAAUUUCAAGAAAUAUUACGUGACGAGAAAACAGCUUGCCCCAUUUGCCCAGGGGAGCCAGAGGGUUCUCGUGUUCGACGGCGACCUCAUCCAUGUCAUGCCCGCUGACACGACCUCAAACGCCAAGUUCAGUUCCAUUGCAUUUGGUGACAUCUUGCGGUGCAAAGUUAGUACCAAGCAUCCGAAGAUUGUUCGAAUUGUUGUUCGCCGGGUCAACGAGUCAAAGCGAUAUGAUUUUGAGGCACGAACGGCCGGAGAGGCCCAGGAGAUAGUGGACGAAGUGACGCGGGAGAUGAGGAUGGCACGCGCAUGA